UUCCGGUUUAAGGCGAUUGUAAAGUCCGGACACGUUAAAAACAGUCAUUUAUCUGGGUGGAUUGCAGUAUGUUUUGCAGUUGCACAAAAUGAUUCGAGUUGCAAUACCCAAUCACAAAAAAGUAGAAGAUGGACAGAACACUUACACGGUUUUCUGUCUUGAAGUAUUGGACUGCAGUUCUGGAAAGAUGACACAUAUUGAAAAGCGUUAUUCUGAAUUUGAAGCAGUGCAUAAACAGGUGAAAAAGAUACCAGGAAUGAGAAUACCAGAGUUUCCUCCUAAAAAGGUCAUGAAAUGGAAUUCUAAGGUGUUGGAACAAAGGAGACUUGGUUUACAAACUUAUGUACAGGGAGUUUUGCAGGGUGACAGGUUAUCAAAGUCGAUGUUAAACUUUUUGGAGAUAUCAUUACCAGAUUGUCAAAGUGAAGAAUCAUUUGAACAGAACAUUGAGAACAUACCUUCCCAUCAUCCUUUAUUAAGUUUUACAGCUGAUGCCUUUUUACAGGAGAAUAACAGAAGUAGUUUACCAGAUAUAAUAGUGCAAGGUGUUCAUAUGGGUCUAUAUGCAACUAACAGAGAUGAUUAUUUAUUGGGAUGAUGAGCAAGUUAACAGAUAUCAUUUUACACUUCCGAAACUUAAAAGGUGCUGUGAUAUUGUUAUUUAUCAAAUAUCAUUCCAUUAUUGUCUGUUUUUAAUCGAAGAUCUCAUGAUAAGUCUCAGUUUAAUAACUUGAAAUCAAAUUACUUUCUGUAUUCCAUGAAUUUUAUAGUUUUGUAUUAAUUAUCUCUUCCAAUCUGAUAAUGAUAGUUCUUUGUUUACAAGAGUUAUCUCCCAUUUGUAAUAAGGCUUUAAGAGGCAAGCUACAAUUAUUUAAAUUUAAUAAUACUAAUUCAAUGCAUUUUACUGAUAAAAACUUCUUAAUAAUCAUUCAUCAUAAACAUUAUUAUUUAUUUUUUAGUGUAAAAAAUGGCAAUUUAUGAAUUGUAUCAAUCGAUAUCUUGUACUCAGUACUCUUACACUGACAAUUAUCAAUAUCUUGUGCAUUGCUAGAUGACUUUUGUUAGAAGAUGAGGAUAAACCAUAUAAAUUCUGGAAUUUUAUGUAAAAUCCAGAUGUCUGUAUCAAUCUAAGAUUGAAAGUACUUAUGCAAUCUCAAGAUAGUCAGGCUCAUUGAGGAUUUGUGUUUAUUUUAAAUCUAAAGUAUGAUUCUCAAAAUCAUAUCUUCAUAUAAAGAAAAUAGUAUUUAUUUCUAGAUUUUUGAUAGAGAUUUAAGCUAUGUUUAAAUUAAAAAGAUAUAUAAGUAUUGUUAUGCAAAAUUGAACAAAAACCCCAUAACAAACGAUGUAAGCAAAUUUGUGAUAUCAAAUGAAAAGUAAAAUUGGUAUAAAUGUUAUACUUAUUAAAUGCAAAUUGUAUCAAUGUGCCAUAUUUUUUGCUAUAUGUAUAUUAACUGCAUUAUGAUGUGCAGCUUUUAUUAUUUUAUGACAAUAGAACUCUGAAAAAAAUAAGGAUUCAAGUAAAAAAGUAUUAUCAUGACUUCAUAACAAAACCAUAUUUGUUUAACUCAAGCAUUUGUAUCAUAUAAGCAAAUUUAUCAAGUAAGCUUGGCCAUCAGUCAAGUACAUCAGACACUCCAAAAAAUGGCCAUAGCCAUAGUGUUAAGUGAAUCACUUUUGAGUAGAUGUUCUAUGUUUAGACCAAGUUAUUGUAGACAAUCUGAAAGGGUUAUGAAGAUGUUAAUUUGGACUAUAACAUUGUGUUAUUGAUAUUCAAAAUGCAUUAAAUAAUUAUUAUUUUUUUAUUAAAUAGAGUCCUUAAUUUUUUAUUUAAGAAUUCAGUAAAGACAUGGAACAAAGAAAUUUUAUUGUCUGACCUAUACAAAUUAAUAUGUAUGAUCAAAAUGACUUAAAAGACAAGAAAUGUCUGUGUGUCAAUAGUUUAUAAUUAUCAAAUGGUUAAAAAGUAUGUGCCAAAUGGAAGUAUGGCGUUAUGCCUCAUCACAAUUCUCUUUGCUUGAGAAUUCCAUGGUUCUAAACAAGUGUAUUUUCAUAUACCUUUCAUGUUUAAUAGUGUACAUCACUUAACAUGUCUCAGGUACAUAAAUAAAAUCAUGCAAAUCAUAUUGUUCUUAAUAUUCACAUUUGGAUAUUUAUGCAAAAGCUAUGCAAUUUCAUGCUUUUAUUUGCAUUCCUUAUAAAUUAAGUGUAGUUCUAGUCAGUUAUAAUUUAUUUCAAAUAAUAUACUGUUUAAAAUCAUGUUUAUAUUUUUACUUAAAGUCAUCAACUUCUUGUUUUCUUAUUUGUUUUUAUGUGUUUAUUAAAUGGCAAUCAAACAUCAAUCCCAUAUGAAAUAAAUCCUUUGAAAGAUACUGAUCAUUCAACAAAUAGUAAAUGAUAAAAAAUAAGCAGAAUUCCAUAUUUAUUUUUAUUUUUUGUUAAUCUGAUGAUAUCAUAUGGAGAAUAAUCUAUGUUCUCUUCAAAAAUAUGCAUUGGAUUUUUUGUAAAUUAUUACUUUAGUAAUGUAAAAACAAGUUCAAUCUGUUUACCAUGUAUACUGUUAAAAUGUUUAUUUAUUUAUCUCUAAAAUAUGUGAAAAUUUAAAGGGAGACAAUUUAUAGUGUAUUAUUUAUUUGAAAGGUUGUACCUGUUAUAUUACUAGCAUGCUUUUAGUAUCAAUAAUUGGAUUGCUUUCAUUUGUGAUAUUGUAGUAUUUAACUAACUACUACUGACCAAUAUUCAUCUUUUUUGUGUUCAAAGCAUAUCAAUAUCAUUUAUGUUGUGUGUUUGUCUUAAUAAAUUACGUUAAAGAACAAAAAUGUUAAUCACAUAUUUUCAAAAGAUACUCAUAUUUUAAAGUCUGGAUGGGGUUUAAAUAAAAAAAAUGAAUAAAAAUGGGCCAAUGAAAUAAAGAAUACAAAGAAUAUAUUAAAAUAAUUUGCAAAAGAUAUAAAGAAUACAGAAAAAAACGGCUUAUCAAUAAAAGGACAUAAAUAUGAUAACCCCUCCCAUCUAGACUCUCAUAUUUACACAUAACAGCUACUACUCAAAAAGAACAACGAUUACGAGGGCCAGCAGUAUAAUGUGUGGACUUAUAUUAGAUUAUCUUUUGAUUUCAAUACUGUGGAUUCAUUAUUAUUGGUUGCAUACAAAUUUUUCGUGGCUUUCGUGGGUACAGGUGAACCACAAGUUCAUAUGUUCAACAAAUUACAAACUUUCUAUAUGC